UUCAUUACUUUUAUUGCCGUAGUAAACAAUAGAAAAUCAAAAGAUUGUGUUUUUAUUGUUUUAAAUUUAUAAAUAAAUAGCGCAAAUAGUCAGAUGCCGCAGAAAAAUAAAUUCCAAGAUGGUGAAAAAGUGCUUUGUUUUCAUGGACCACUUAUUUAUGAAGCUAAAUGUUUAAAAUCACAACUUACUAAAGAAAAAACAAUGAAAUAUUUUAUACAUUACGCCGGAUGGAAUAAAAAUUGGGAUGAAUGGGUGCCGGAAAGUAGAGUACUGAAAUAUAAUGAAACAAAUGUACAAAAACAAAAAGAAGUCCAACGCGCUCAUGCAGCAUCGCAAUCAUCACAGAAAGGGAAAAAAACAACGUCAGUAUUGAAAGGACAAGGGCGUAGAAGUGAAAGUGGAAGAGACAAAGAGUCAGAAAGUCGAGCAAGUACUCCAGUACCAACUAGUGACAAAAGUACUGGUCGUAAUAAAGCUAAUAGUGGUUCUGUAACACCAUCAUCACACGAUUCAUCUUCGGAUGCGCCUAGAAAGAAACGAAGCCGGGUGGAUCCAUCAGUAGAAACCGAGGAGCAAUUUUUAGCAAAUGUUGAAGUUAAAGUUAAACUUCCAGAUGAACUAAAGCCGUGGCUAGUUGAUGAUUGGGAUGCUAUUAUCCGUCAGAAAAAAUUAGUCACAUUGCCGGCAAGACAUACUAUCGAUCAAAUAUUAGAUGAUUAUGUCAAAUUUAAGACUUCUAGUAAAACAAAUACCCCCAACAAAGAAAGCGCAGUUUUAGAAGUAACGAGAGGCCUGAAAGAAUAUUUUAAUGUUAUGUUAGGAACGCAAUUACUGUACCGAUGGGAACGACAACAGUACAGUGAAAUAAUGUCAACAACACCUAACACACCUCCAAGUCAAAUAUACGGAGCCAUUCAUUUGCUUCGAUUGUUCGUUAAAUUAGGCAGUAUGCUGGCUUACACACCUCUAGACGAAAGAAGUAUCGCGUUAUUGUUGGCCCACAUUCACGAUUUUUUGCGAUAUCUCCAUAAAAACAGUAGCGAUCUAUUCAGUCUCCAAGAUUACGGGGCCGCGACUCCAGAGUAUCACCGCAAGUGCGGAUAAAAGGUAUUUUCUUGCAGAAGAUAAUAAAGACAUUCUUUUGAAUUAUCUACUCAUCAGUGACUGUCUAUAUCUUAUAUAGAUUAAUAAAUUAAUUUUUUUUAAUUUAAAAUCUUGUCAUUGACAAUAAUAUAGAUUGCCAAUUGACUUUGUUCAUUUAUACCUAUUACCUUGAUAUAUUUUUAAAUAUUUUUUUAUACAACGACUGUGUUAUCAGUAAAUCUUCUUGAUAUGUUUACUAAACUUUCUUUAUGAUAAGAUCGUAGAUUAAUUUAAAUAAAUCAGACAAGUACUUUAAAUUUUAU